AUGGCACAAACCAUCCAAGACAAUACUCUCCCCCUGCCUGCUUCACCCACCCUCAAGACAGAAACCACUCCCAUACUUCGAGAACCAAAAACGGAAAUGGCAACCCCUAACUGGAAGAAACCCUCAUCCUCCACCGAUGGAUUCUUCCAAUCCCUCCCCAUCGUCCCACCAGCUUACACCUCCAUCAACGACCACGCCCAAUCCGCCCAAAAUCCCUCUGACGACACAGCACUCGCUCGCGUAUUAGAUCUCUACCUUCCCCGGAAUUGCCCCUCGGUAACAACUUCCAUCCAUAACCUAUCUCGCCUCGCACUCGACCCCAGAAUCCUCCAACUCGCCGUCGACGCGGAAGUAAACCAACCUGUCCUCAGAACCCUCACGACAUUCGGUGAAGAGAACCGCGUCGACCCGCUCUGGGUGGGUGAGGGGUGGCGUAAGCUGAAGGCAAUCGGACAGGAGGAGGGGCUUGUAUCUGUCGCCUACGACCGGGAGAAUGAUGCCUGGAAUAGGCGAGUGCAUCAGUUUGCGCUAAAUCAUGUGUGGACCAGUAGUGCGGCCAUGACGGGGUGCCCGGCGUCUAUGAGUGAUGGGGCGGCGAAAUUGCUCUCUGCCCAUCUGAACCGCCCGGACGGGGAUCAGCCCGGGCGGGCUGCGGUGCUGAGAGAAUCUUAUCGGAGACUGGUAUCGCGAGAUCCCAAUGUGGCGUGGACAUCUGGACAGUGGAUGACGGAGCGCCGUGGCGGGAGUGAUGUUCGGGGCACGGAGACGGUCGCCCGGCGGUUAACGGUCGAGGAAUUAUCGAGCGAUAGUGCGCAAGGCCGGGAUCGAGACGCGCAUGGGCUGCCGCUGGGGCCGUGGCGAGUCGACGGCUUUAAAUGGUUUAGCAGCGCCACGGACUCCGAUAUGACGCUCCUACUGGCGCAGACCAGCAAGGGAUUGAGCCUUUUCUAUGUUCCCAUGCGCCGCUGGGCCGGCCAUAAAGGAAAGGCACCGGAGCUGAAUGGUGUCCGCAUCCAGCGGUUGAAGAAUAAGUUGGGCACGAAAUCACUGCCAACGGCUGAACUGGAGUUGAGGGGGGUUCGAGGGUGGCUCAUUGGAGAGGAAGGGAAGGGCGUCAAGGAAAUUGCUACUGUUCUUAACAUUACUCGGCUCUACACUGCUGGUGGCUCACUUGGAUACUGGGGCCGCGGGUUGGCAAUCUGUCGCGCGUAUAGUCGGAUCCGCUCAACACAGGGGAAGCUUCUUCAAGACAAUCUACUACAUGUGCGGUGGAUGGCGAGUGAAACGGUGAAGUACUGGGCGGCUAUGCAGCUCACCUUCUUUGCCGUUGCUCUACAGGGCACCAUCGAGCAAGACUGGGGUUUAAUGGUUCCAAAUACCAAGGCUGCCAAGUUAAUCCCAAGGGAUGCCGCAACAGCAGCAACUCUACUCCGACUGAUCACCCCCGUGAUGAAGGGUACCGUGAGUGUGAAUUCGGUUCAUGGACUCCGUGCCUGCAUGGAGUGUCUGGGUGGCGUUGGCUACUGUGAGAAUAAUGAAGACGGUGGUUUGCUAAACAUUGCAAGGAUCUUCCGCGAUACUGCAGUCAAUGCUAUCUGGGAAGGAACUGUCAAUGUGAUGGCGGAAGAUGUCAUUCGAGUAAUCAAUGACAAGCGCCUAGGCAAGGGAAAAAUCAUUGAGACAGUCCUUGGUGGGUGGGCGAGACCAUUACUUGCAGUUUGCCACCAGAAACUCAGAGAGGAAUGCAGAAUUGUACAGGAGUGCCUCGACACCUUCCAAUCCAUUGCCUCCAGGCACACGAGGGAAGAGCUUCUAUACCGGGGCAGGGAACUCAUGCAGUAUAUCGAGAUAGUUGUAUGCGGCACGCUACUGAUAUAUGAUGCUUUUUCAGACGAUAAUCAAGUUGCAAAAGAGGUUGCCUCUCGGUGGAUAAGCAGUAACACUCCGUCAAGCAUCCAUGUCUCUUUACCUUCGGUUGGGUUGUCUGAAGAGUCUACUGCUGACAGGCGGAUAUUCCUUGGGGGCAGUCCCUUGCCACAUGGAGAACUAUCGAAGCUGUAG